AACCUAAAAUGCAAAAGGAAGCCUAAAAUGCAAAUCGACCAAUAGCGCUUUUUCAAGCAGUCCCGAGUUUUAAAAAUCCUGGUAUGGGAUCUGUAGUUUCACGCAUUUUUGGGCGAGCUGAAGAAAGCUAUUGCACGGCUCUUUGGACUACAUUUCCUACAAGUGGAAUGAACCGAUUUCCCGUUUUUUACGGAACCGAGCGACCGAGGUGCAUCCUCGACGUUAGCCUCAGCGUCCUAACAGUAAUAUCACAAUGACGGAACGGGUCAACAACUUUCCACCUCUUCCUGGAUUUUUGCGCAUUAAGCCAUGCUUCUACCAAAACUUCGACGAGGAAAUUCCCGAAGUUCAUCGCCAGAUCGUUCGCAGAGUUUACUACCUUUGGAUGUUGUACUCGGUUACGCUGUGCGUGAACGUGGUGUCUUGCAUAGCCUGGUGGGCUGGCGGGGGCGGUGUGGCUAACUUUGGAUUUGCGCUUCUCUGGCUACUGCUGUUCAGCCCCUGCAGUUACAUCUGUUGGUUCAGGGCCCUUUACAAGGCAUUCAGGGCUGACAGUUCAUGUAACUUCAUGGCAUUCUUCUUUAUUUUCUUCCUUCAGUGUGUUCUUGCCUUAAUACAGACUUUAGGAUUUAAUGGCUGGGGUGCAAGUGGCUGGAUAGCAACAGUGACGUUUUUCAGCACUAACGUGGGCUCCGGAGUGAUUAUGCUCUUCGCGGCUCUGCUUUUCACGGGUGUCUCGGCACUUAUGGUGUUGGCGCUCAUCAGGGUUCACCGGCUGUACCGUGGUGGGGGAGGCAGCCUGCAGCGUGCCCAGGAUGAGUGGAGCACUGGUGUGUGGAAGAGUGCUCCUGCUAGAGAAGCUGGCUUUAAAGCCGUUGCGGAGAGUGGUCCCAGUCUUCCACAGUACCCAGCCGCUGUGCCCAGUUAUCCAGAAAACAGCCCGUGGUAAAAGAGGGGGACCCCCGCCCCUGUCAGCAAAUUGUAGAUGGAGCCGGAGUGUACUUUUUCCACUGCCCCAAAUGGGUAACUCAUUUCUCAACACGUAAAGGCACGACAAAAUGUACAAUAAUGACAAACCUACAACGAGAAGACAGAACAGUUGUUUGAUGGAGUCCGGUGUACUUUUGUUUACAAGCUGCAUCGCAGAAACAUGUUGCAUCGCAUACAGUACAGUCAUAUCUGCAGGAAUAGAAAUGAUCUUACUGGAUGAGUCAUCUUGAUGCGAUGCUACUCACACUAUAAUAGUGGCACUUUGCCAAGCAUUUUAUUUACACUGCUUUGUAACACUAUGUAAGACACCUUGCAGAACUGCACCCUUUGUGUUCCAGAACAGAAGCCAUGAAUUCAUAUUUUUGUUUUGUUGGAAUUAUCUAGAUUUUCAUACAAAAUGUAAAGGUGUAUCUUGCGGGUGUUUUAAGAGAUAUUUGACAUUCAUCCGAAACUGACACGAUUCAGUUACUGGGAACUUUUUUUUUUUACAUUGGAGAUGAGUAUAUGACUUGCCUGUUUUUUAAUGUGCCAGCUGUAAUUCCUUUUUUCUCUCAUGAAACUGUUCAGAAUGUGUACCUGAUCUUCAAAAUGGAGAUGUACCUGAAAAUGCCUUCUCGUGCUCGCAUGUCUUAAAGAUCUUGAAAGUGGCUGAAGCGCUGCAGUUCCGCAUGGGGAUAUGGUCUUGUGCAACUAUGCAGGAUCAUAAGUACUAUUUUGCUUAAUGCUUGCAAUUUCUAUUGCUCAGUAUUAUCACUUUGCUCAAUGCUGUUCUUAUCUCCUGGACAUCCGCUGCUUUUAAUGUUAGUGCCAUGCUGUUGAAACAUGCGUUCCUUUAGCCAGUGUUUCAGCUAAUUUAACACUACGUUUGUGGGCUCUCGAAAUUGAGACUUUUUUUCAUUAAAUGCAUUUCAUCUCUACACUUGAUCUGUGAGACAUCAAUUGACUGAAUAUAUUUGAUAAGACUCUAAAUUCACCAGAAAGGUGUUACUGUUUUACUUUAAUAAAACAUUCCUUUUCAGA